AUGAUACGAACAGCAGCGACAUGGCUGGGGCUGGUAUCCCUAAGCCAGGCGAUAUACACGGUCCAGGACGACUAUUCUGGACCGAACUUUUUCAACAACUUUAACUUUUUUACUGCCGACGAUUAUACACAUGGCUACGUCAACUACGUUGACAGCCAAACCGCGGCUGCUCGCGGACUGAUAAACACAAACAAUGGCGUCGCAUACAUGGGCGUCGACAAGACAAACGUCGCGUCCGGCAGAGGCCGUGACUCUGUACGGUUAGAAAGCAAGAAAACCUAUAACACGGGCCUCUUCAUCGCCGACUUUGGUCAUAUGCCUGGUGGUGCUUGCGGAGAAUGGCCCGCGUACUGGACGGUGGGACCGAAUUGGCCGAACAAUGGCGAAAUCGACAUUAUUGAGGGCGUGAACUCACAGACUUCAAAUGCCAUGGCCGUCCAUACGGGACCUGGUUGCUCGAUCUCUGCCUCCAGCCAACAGAGCGGCACGUUACAAUAUCCCAACUGCGACGUCAAUGCGGCAGGCCAGCCGGGCAAUUCAGGUUGCAGUAUUAAGACAUCUGAUACAACAACGUACGGCGCCGGGUUCAAUGCAGCUGGUGGCGGAGUCUACGCCAUGGAAAUGAAAGCAAGCACUGUCAGGAUAUGGAGCUUCACCCGCGCCAAUAUUCCAGCUGAUAUCAAGGCCGGCGUUCCAAAUCCAGACAGCUGGGCCAGACCUCUGGCCGUCUUCGGCGCACCCUGCAACACAAGCAAUUUCAUCCGACAACAACAGAUAGUCUUCGACAUCACUUUCUGUGGCGAUUGGGCGGGUAGUGUCUGGUCCUCGGACGCAGUCUGCGCACCCAAAGGUGCAUCGUGUCAGGCUUACGUUCAGAACAAUCCGUCCGCAUUCGUCAACUCGUAUUGGUCGAUCAACUCGUUGAAGGUCUACCAGAACAAUGGGCAACCUUCCUCCACAGCGGCCAGCACGGGGACUGCUGUAUACACCGCUCCAGGUGGGAAGGUUACCGUUGGAACAAAUAAUUGGUAUCCAAGGCCUCGACCACAGGGUCAGCAGCAGUUCCCUCCCAAUGCGAUCAAGUACCAAGAGAUCGGUCCGCCGGUCAUGUGGCAGGGACCAAAUCGUCCCAAGCAGAAUGUACGCAGAAAUGCGGUGCCAAUUGUCGACGAGAACGACGUCGCAUCCGCACCAGAUGCAGAGAUUGAGGAGAUGGGACCUGAGACACUCGACGAGCCUGAGCAGCCGGCGGCAGAAGAAGCCGACUCUGACCGAAGUUCGUCAGUGGAGCUAGACCUCGAGCAGGACUCGAGUCCGACGAUGAGGAGGAACUUCGCAGGCGCCAAAAGGAUGGGUCAAGGCCAACAGAUCCAGCAGCCUGCUGCUACUCCACCCGGUAAGCAGCAAUCCACUCAACAGAGACAGGUGGUGUCUCCGUCACCGAGCAAGACUGUGCCCAUCACAGCUGCACCCAGCUACACCAGUACCACACGUGUCACGGUCACUGUCACCGUGACUUCAUAUUCUGGGCGUGUCACAAGCACUAUGAUCGCUUCCAUCAACAGGAACGGCAGUAAGAACAAGGUCACUAACAACAAUGUCGCAGGCCCAACGACGGUUGUCAAGACUACGGUUCCGCCUUCAGCUGCUCCCAAAAGCGGUUCAGGCAAUAAUGUCGGCGGAUACGUCCCAUUACAGGCCAACUACUUCACCGGUGCCGGCAACGGGAACGGGAAGAGCAACAAUGCAGUCCAGCCGCAGCCGCAGCAGCAGGAGGUCACAACGACUUUCACGCAAGCCAUGACCUCGACCAUGACCAAGUCCCUGGGCUCACGCGGUGAAGAUGCAACAGAAGCGCCCUCGAAACUCCGCGUCAAAAAGCCGCGUGCAUGGUACGACAUCCUCGAAGACGACUUGGAGACCGAGAUCAGCAACGAAAGCGCGGCCGACGCGCUCGAAACCGACGGCGACUCAGAACUCCCUCAAAGUCAAGAGCAACAGCUACAGGAGCGCCUCUUCAUCCUUCCUGGAGAACUCGAAGAGGAACUACACUACCACCAACUCGACGACUCGUCGCAUGAGGAUGAAACGCCCGAUGAGGAAGAAGAGACGGAUUCCUGGUGGGACUCUCUCUUCGGAGACCACUUCCAUGUUCAUCGCGAUGAGCACCACCACAGCCACCAUCCGCAAAGGCCGCAUCACCACGGUGCCUCACCGGUGGAAUCGCCUGAGGAUGGAGACGAGCAACUACUGGCGGCGCAAGAUCUGCUUCAGGAGAUGCAGCGCCGGAGAGCGGAUGAUAAGAAGGCGAGUCUGCUGCGGAAGGAAUUGGCGGAUAUUGAGUUGAGGCGGGUGAGGGAGAUGUUGGCCAGUAGGAGGGGCAGGCAUUCGGGAAGAGGGAGGAACGGGUGGUGGUGA